UGACAGCUUCUAACCUAACCUCAAUAUAAACAGUAAAAUUGAGCAAAAUAAAAACCUUUACAAUGUCUUUGCCGACGUCCUGUGUGAAAGCCCCAUAAUUUUACAAUGAAAUGUGCGUUAGAUUGCACCCUUACAACCAUUCGUCCAUAAAAUGCCAAAAGGCACGGUUUUUUCUAAAUUAUUAAAAUAAUCUGAAAAUGGUCCUUUUAACUGGGGAGCCCCGGCAGAGCUUUUGCCACUGGCUAAUCAACGUAAAACUAUCACGAAUCGUCGUGAUGGUAUCCGCAAUACUAAUAUUAACACCCCUAAUAACCCACUUUUACUUGUCAAAGGUGGAGCGAAAUGCUAACUUAAUAACGCACAGUGCUCAUUCCCAUUUAGACUUGCCAGAUGAAUCGGGUGAUAUAAAAGAAUUAGAUUUAAGGGUAGGCGUAGAGGAACUAAUUAGGAUCAGAGGCACAGUACUUAGUGAGCUUAGGAGCAUCGAACAGAAAAGGCAGCAACUUAAACAAGAGUUACAGACUUAUACCAAGGCCAUAGAAGAUUUAAAGCAAGACCAGGCACAUCAGCAAACAAACUUGAACAGAUUGAAGAUUUCUGUUGAGCAAGCCGAAGUAGCUAUGCACGAAGCCUUACAGCAGAACACUCCAGAUUUGGCUUUGCCCCAAAGGUUAACUCCUGACUCUCUGCCUCCCUAUUUACCUGCUAUUUCUAGGAAUAGGUCGAGGAAUUGUAGGAUGUUUACUUGUUUUGAUCACUCAAGAUGUUCACUGACAUCCGGUUUUCCAGUUUAUCUCUACGACCCGGACCAACAUCCAGUAAUGAAUGACGGUUGGGAUGUAGAUGGUUUCCUAAAAACCACUCUGAAACAGGUCCUCGGCUACAAUCCGCAUUUAACACAAAACCCCGUUGAGGCUUGUAUAUAUUUAGUUCUAGUUGGGGAAGCACUUAAAGACACAGAUGACGUGAGUGAAAACGUUGGAAACCAUUUGAAUCUCACUCCGUUAGACUCUGAUGCGUUAAAACGAUUACCUUAUUGGGGUGGAGACGGUAGGAAUCACGUGCUACUUAAUUUGGCCAGGAGGGAUUUGGGUGCCACUAGCGGAGACGUUUUUUCAGAAGUCGAUACAGGUCGGGCAAUUUUAGUCCAAUCCACGUUUUAUUACGAAUAUUUCCGACCGAAUUUCGACCUUAUCAUAUCCCCGGUGCUCGGCCCCCCCGGGGGCGACGUAUGGCAAGAAUGCGCCUACAUGUUACCGGCGCGUCGCAUGUACUUACUGUCGUUUCAGGGCGAAAUGAAAUUUAAUAAGAACGUGACGGAAAAACGUUUGGCAAGCCACGACAAGGCACUCGAAAAAGAAAAUAAGGAGCUGAAUCAGUUUAUUUUACAGCACUUAAAGGAGUUGCUGAACACGCAUACCUCGGAUAAGUUCUUGUUCGAGUUCGAAUGUAAUCCAGCUAGCGACGAUACGAUGAAUACUGGGCCCCAGGAUUGGGCUUUGUGCGGUACCGAUAGCAGUCGCAGGGCCGUACUGAAAGAAUCGACUUUCGCGUUGGUUUUUGCCCCCAGUUCUACGGAUUAUUUGUCUACUACGUUAUUGCAGGCCAGGAUCUAUGAAGCCUUGAGAUCAGGGGCCGUCCCGGUCAUCUUAGGCGGCGACCAAGUGAAACUGGCCUACGACGAAGUAAUCCAGUGGAAACGGGUGGUUUUAUUCGUCCCAAAAGCCCGAGUGACGGAACUUCACUUCUUACUGCGCACCAUCCCAGACGAAGACAUCCUCCUGUUCAGAAAACAGGGCAGACUGGUCUGGGAACGCUAUCUAGCGUCGGUCCAGAGUACGUUGGACACGAUCGUGGCCGUAUUGAGAGAUCGAUUGAACAUUCCCGCUUUACCGGCGGACACGGUGGCCGCGAUCAACGUCUUUAACGACACUUUUCAGCCUCUGACGGUGCCCGCGGUCGGAGACGUGGAACAGGAGGAGAGUCUGGGCCCGUUGGAGCCUCCCUAUGACAGUCCCGCUUUUAGGAGGAAUUUCAGUUUGGGCUUGACGCAGGGCCAUCAGAUCUGGAACGAUUGGGGAGAUCCUUUCAGACUUUAUCCGGCUCUACCCAUGGACCCUCUGCUCCCCUCCGACGCAAAAUUCAUCGGUUCAGAACGCGGUUUCCGUCCGAUAGCGGGCGGAGCGGGCGGUGCAGGCAAAGAAUUCUCCGAAUCCCUCGGAGGAAACAACCCGCGGGAACAAUUCACGAUUCUCCUGUUGACGUACGAGCGGGAGCAGGUUCUUCUCGACUCGAUCGCGAGAUUACGGGGUCUCCCUUAUUUGCAUUCGGUGGUGGUGAUAUGGAACUCGCCCCGUUUGCCCAGUCCCGAAUUGAAAUGGCCGGACAUCGGGGCGCCGGUGCGCGUCGUCAAAGCGGCCCGGAAUUCGUUGAACAAUCGAUUUUUGCCCCUGGAUAACUUGGAAACGGAAGCGAUCUUAUCGGUGGACGAUGACGCGCAUUUGAGACACGACGAGAUUUUGUUCGGGUUCCGGGUGUGGCGGGAACACCGGGACCGAAUCGUCGGCUUCCCGGGACGUUUUCACGCUUGGGAUUUAAACACGAAAAACGGCUGGUUGUAUAAUUCCAAUUAUAGUUGUGAAUUGAGUAUGGUUUUAACAGGUGCGGCCUUUCUACAUCGACACUACUUGCACCUGUACUGGAAAUGGUUGCCGCAAGCCAUAAGGGACAAAGUGGACGAGUACAUGAACUGCGAGGACAUCGCGAUGAAUUUCCUAGUGAGUCAUAUUACGCAGAAACCGCCCGUCAAGGUGACCUCCCGUUGGACGUUCCGGUGUCCCGGGUGUCCGCAGAGUUUGAGCGAGGACGACACUCACUUUCAGGAGCGGCACAAGUGUAUUAAUUUUUUUACGCAGGUUUUCGGGUAUACACCGUUAUUGAACACGCAAUACAGGGCGGACUCCAUCUUAUUUAAGACCCGAAUACCGCACGACAAGCAGAAAUGUUUUAAAUUUAUUUAGUUUUAAGUCCCUCGUUUUGUGACUGCUCUAAUAUUUUAGGUUUUAGGUAGUCUAGACUUUUUUGUAACAUAUUGUAUUUAUUUUUUAUUUAUUUGUGCCAUAUUUUACUUUUUAAAUGUAACUGACGCAAAAUCUACAUCGUUAAGUUUUCUUGUUUUAUUCCUUAUUUUAUCAAAAAAUAUUUAAAUAAAUAAGAAAUUGAAUUGCA